AUGCUUCACUAUUCAGCAGAUCUUGAUAAGCAUUUGGAUGAUCAAGACUAUGAUGAUGUAUAUGAUUUUAGUGAAAACAUAUGUGAAUGUAAACUCAAAAAACCGUUUCCUUGGCAUAUAGAAGAUCUCGAAAAUGGUUUCGUUGACUGUGGAUAUGAUAAACAAGACCAAACAUUCAAUCACGGUUUCAUUGGUGUCACUAAUAACAAGCGUAGUGCUGUUCAACAGAGUACACUUUAUCAACGACUACUGAAAAGGAACAGAUCAAGUCAAACUUCUUCUUUCUAUAAUGAUACAUUGAAUAGCAAACCUAAUGCACCAUUAUUAAAAGAAGAACAGAAAGAACUACCUCAACAACAACAACAGCCAUUACCCAAUCAAAGUACAACAGAAACACAAUCAUUAUUAAAUAUCAUUCCAUAUGAUGAGCAACUACAGCAACAACAACAACAAAUGGAAGUAGAUAAACCAAAUGAUAGAGUUAACAAUAAUAAUAAGCAAGAUAGUGAUUUAAAUAACUUUGGAGGUGGUGUCAUUUUUAAACUCUCUGAAAGCACAACACCUCCCAAAACAAUGUCUUCUAUACUACCGACCUAUGAUUACAAUAUCUCUGAAGUUAUACCAACCAUCGAUUUAGGUUGGAAAGUAUCUAAAACAAAUCAAUCAUCAUCAAAGUCAGAAUCAGAGUCACAACAAACAAUGAUGACAAAAGUAUUAUCAACAACCCAUCCAAAUCACAAGCAAUAUAAAGCAGUCACACAGUUUAAAUCAGCAGAAAAGAUAAUGGUUAGCAAUUAUCUAUAUAGAUACCCAACGAUGUUGAAAGAGAAUCCAAUUGGACUGUGGUCACUCAUUUCAAAGGCACUCAACAACAGUAAAUCAAUGUUUGACAUUGGACUAUAUAUUACAGAGAUGGAAGAGUCAAAUCUAUUGUUACAUGAACAAUUAGUAGCUUGUUAUGAACAAAGAAUAGAUGUAGAUAACAUAGAGGAAAAUGAAGAUAAAGAACAACAACAGACUGAAGGAAAUCAAAUAAAACCAAAAGAUCAAGAGACUAUCACCUAUGAUGAUAAUGAAUGUUGGGUUGCUGACGAUAAGAAAUUCACAGAGGAAUUGGCACAGUCAGAAACAGCCAACGAUCUAGAGAACAACAACAAUUUUGAAGAACUGAAAGAAGCGAUCGUUCAGCUACCUCUCGAGUUUCAAAGUUCAGGAAUCAUGUCACUGUUGGAACAACACAUGUGUCUACCUCACGGUGAAGUUUUGUAUCAGAUGAGACAUUCUUUAGUUAGAUUUCUACGAAAGAUCAUUUCCGAUCUCAGUCUCUCUUUGGAUCGCUGGGAAAUUGAUGCACAACGUGUUGUCGAUUGUCUUGCUGACAACAAUGCAUUGCCACACCCCGAAUGGAUACCAACAAAAGCUUAUCAGGAUCUGCUUGACAAACAACACGACAAAGAUGAUAAACAACAAAACAUCGAUCUUAAAUUGAUUUCAAAUAAUCCAUUAUUUUCAAAGGAUAUGUAUAAAAAAUAA